GAGUGAGUGAGUGAGUGUCUGAGUGAGUGAGUGUGUGUCUGGCUCCGUGAGUGUCUGUGAGUGAGUGUCUCUCUGUGAGUGUGUCUGUGUGUCUCCGUGAGUGAGUGCGUCAAUGAGUGAGUGAGUGUGUGGGUGCUGGGACAGAGUUCGGGGAGGUGCCGGGUGGUUGCGGUCGCGGCGAGAGAGGGAGGGAGGGGGCUGGCGGCUGCUGCUCAAGCUCCACCAUGACCAGAUGAACACGCGGGGAAUGAAAUUAAAAUUCCGUAAAGGAGAACGAGUUCUCUGCUUCGAGCCAGACCCGACUAAAGCCAAGGUUUUAUAUGACGCCAAGAUCGUGGAUGUAGAAGUUGGUAGAGAUGAGAAAGACCGAAAAAUCCCAGAAUAUCUGAUUCAUUUUAAUGGUUGGAACAGAAGCUGGGAUAGAUGGGCAGCAGAAGAUCAUGUACUUCGUGACACGGAUGAGAAUCGCAGAUUACAGCGUAAAUUGGCCAAGAAAGCUGUGGCUCGCAUGAAAAACAAAGGGAAAAAGACACGUCGUUGCCGGCUGCCUGGUGUUGACUCAGUGCUAAAAUGUCUUCCUGUUGAUGAAAAAGAAGAGAAUGAUGAAAACUCUUUAAGUGCUACUUCAAUUGAUGAGGUUGAGGACGAUGGUGAUGACGAUGAAGACGAUAUAGAUGGUUCAGAUGAAGAAUUAUUAGACUGUGAAGAUGACAGUGAACCAGACGAGAUAAUAGAAAUGAAGGAAGAUCAAGAGACUUGCUCGAAAAAAGAAAUGGACGAAAAAAGCAUAAAUAUAGAAAUUCCAGAAAUUUUGAAGAAGAAAUUAGAGGAUGAUUGCUAUUAUAUCAACAAAAGGAAAAAGCUGGUGAAGCUGCCAUGCCAGACAAACAUCAUUAAUAUUUUGGAAUCCUACGUGAAACAUUUUGCGAUUAAUGCGGCUUUUUCAGCCAAUGAAAGAUCUCGGCAUCAUCAAAGCAACACUCAGAUUCCAAUGAAUCCUCAUUACAUCCCACCUGAGAAGAAUGUUGAACUUUGUAAAGAAAUGGUGGACGGUUUAAGAAUCACAUUUGACUUUUCUCUGCCUAUGAUUCUGCUCUAUCAGUAUGAGCAUGCACAAUUCAAGAAGAUUACUUCAUCCAAAUUUUAUGUUCCAAUCAAGGAAACAUUGUCACAUAUUAGACCUCCGAAGGAACAUUCACCGAGCCCCCCUCCUCUUCUGAACCCAUCAACACCUCAAUCCACAGACAGCCAGCCAUUGUUGGGAGACUCUUCAACACCAAAGAGACGGAGGAUUGAUCCUGAAUCCAUUCAUUCGUUGAGGCGAUCCACAAGGCAUGCUUCAGGCUGUGAUAGAUUGUCUGAAAGCAGUGCAUCUCCUCAAUCAAAACGCCGGUUUUAUGAAACUGCUACCCAAAUGCCCAGGUUACUUUUACACUUAGAAAAAAAAACUCCUGUCCACAGUGGGAGUUCAUCUCCUGUCGCCCUCACACCCAGUAAAGAAGGUGUUGCAGUGUUUGAUGGAAGAAGAAGUAAUGAAUUAAACGAGGUAUUAUCUUGGAAAAUGAUGCCAGAUAAUUACCCAUUAACUGAACAACCUCCUGCGCCCUCUUACAUCUAUGGAGCUCAGCAUCUUUUGCGACUGUUUGUGAAGCUGCCAGAGCUGUUGGGCAAGAUGUUAAUUACUGACAGGAACCUGAAAGUCUUGGUGAAGCAUCUCAAGUUGUUUCUUCGGUUUUUGGCUGAAUACCAAGAGGAUUUUUUCCCUGAAUCUGCUUAUGUAGCUGCGUCAGAAGCUUACUAUUGUACCAAACGUCCUCAGGCUAUCUACUGAAACAUUAACAGAACUGUGAAUUAACCUUCGUAGUCCCUUUUAGCCUUGUGGUUACAGAUUAAAGAAAGUAAAUGACCUUCAGCAGCUAAGAACAAAAAGAGGGCUUAUGUUCUCUUAUGUGGUGCUGCCUACUGGAAAUCUGUUGACAUUACAUUGUGGAGAUGGACCACUUUGUGUUUGAACUUGCCACUUUGGCUUUCAUCUCUGCUUGAUAUCGUGCAUGUCAUCCAGUUCUCCUUUGAUGAAUCAAAUGACUGCAAAUUGAAGUCUCCUGCAAACAGACUAAAUGCAUUCUGAAAUACAAGCUGCCUUUAUUGAACAAGACUUGAUUCAUUUCUGCACAAAAUUGUUUUGAUGUCCGUCUGAAAGUAAUAAGGAACUACAUUUUAACGUGAGAUUCUAAAACGUUGCGUUGAAAACAAUGUAUUAUUUGCAGGAAUGUUUCCUUUUCUGAUUAGAAAUAAAUCUUUGCUGUGGUAAUAUUUUAUUUUAAUGUUAGUUAUGUUGCUAUUCAAAUUUGAAUUACUGUUUGAGUGCUCUUCUAUGGUAGACCACUAUUUGUAUUUUUCUUUCAACUGUGCUGUUGUCACAAAAGUUCUAAAUGUAUUCUUUAGAACCACAUCUCCUUUGUCUCACUCUGGCAAGUGUACAGGUUGCAUCAUUGUGAUUCGUGAUUAUUGAAGGGAAACUGAUUUAGCAAGGUGAAAGGUGGUUCUUGUUACUUCUCACUGAAUAUUCCAGGGAAGGUUUUCCAUCCACGAUGACAAUAUAGCACUUCAGGCUAUAUGAUGUAUGAUAUUUGGCAGGAAAUUUGAUGACCAUGUUCGACUUCUAAUUAAAACAUCUGUAAUUUA